AUGGUAGCAAGGAAAUUAAACGAAACGACGAAUAAUGAAAACAAUCAAGCAGUCCAAGAAUGUCUUCAGCAAAUUAAUGAUGGAGUGAACCAGAUUACACAAUCAUUUAAGGAGUUGCAACAAAUAGGAAAAGAUGGUGAUGAAAAUUUUAUGUGGCAUGUUAGUAAUGUACAGACUUGGGUUAGUGCUGCGUUAACGGAUGCGACAACUUGCAUCGAUGGGAUGUUGGGGGGUGGGAUGGGUAGGAGGGAGCAGGCUAUGAUCAAAGCGCGGUUCUUGAAUGUGAAGCAACUGGCUAGUAAUUCUCUCGCGAUGUUUAGUCGUUUCACGACUAGAUAUCGUGCCUCUCGUGGCAUCAAGAAUCCUAGAAGUGUUGUCAUGUAG